AUGGGCCUAAAACGCCUUCUUACCCAGAUUACGAAAGUUACAGAGUCGUUUCUUGAAGAUGACAUUACAGAGAGCAAGUUUUGUGUUAAUGGUGAGGAAGAUGAACAUGAACAGGCCAUGCUAGUGCACCUUGAUAAAAAGAUGGGAAACCCAUUGGCAAGUGAAUCAUUUAAGAAAGUUCAAUGUGCAUAUGAGGCAAGUAUAUCAAUUCUUUCUGAUUCUAUAAAGAAAAGGGACUAUGAUGAUCACUUGAGAAACAAAGAUUCAAAAACUUUGUUUCACAAAUCUGCUAGUUCAUCUCAUCAAGAGACUAUUGUUUCACAAAAACUUUGUUUCACAAUUUUCAGCCCCAUUUUGUGCAGAACUACCCACCCCUACCCCCUACCCACCCCCACCCCACCCUCUCCUGUAGAUACAAACUCCAGUGUUGCACAUCUCUCAAGUGGUGAAUCAGAAUUGGAGUCUUCAGAUGAGGAAAAUGCUAGAGGUAAGAGAAAGUAUAUAAAAUGGGAAUCCAUAGUGGGUCCUACUGUUGACAAAGAUGUAGCACAUGAAGUUGUUGGAUUGAGAGCUGCAACUUUAGGUCACUCUCUCUGGGAAUCAGCAACCUCUAUGCAUAUAAAUUACAGAGGCUGCAAUGGAAAGGGUUCAGAAAAACUGUCACUUCUGAUUACAGAAGCAUAUAGAGAUGCUCAUCAAAAGAGUGUCCAGGCCAUGAAAGCACGAAUGGGCGAUCUUGCACAGAGCUUAGGAAUGCCCCAAGGUUUGGGUGAUCAGUUCAAGCAAUAA